AUGUUGCCUCCGCCUUCUCUAUCAUCGGUAUCCACCAGAAGGUCCCGCUCAUCUAGUCCACGCAAGCCGAGCGAGUCCACCUACCGAGCACGUACGCUUUUCCAGGUUGACACUCGAAUCAAUCCCGUGCUUCAUUAUCUUCCUGCGGACCAUGCUACCCUCAAACUUUUAGCAGCCAAACUCCAAUCUCAGUCAAUGGAGUGGGCGGCCACUCAAGCCGGUGAAGCCGAGUGGGCUGAGUCCAUACACGAGGCUCUGAACGGCCUGAAGUCAUCAAAUCUAGUAAUAGCACGAAAUCGUGAUUGGAGGUCUGAUAUUAAACCUAAAGUCCAUGUCCCGGCACUUUCGCGGCCUUCUGUCCCAGGAAGACUGCUAUGCAAUCAAACCAGACCUGGCGAGUCAGAACGCUCGCAGAGGAGCAUAAAACUAGAAAGUUCGUCUCCAAUUCCUUCAGCGCAGCUCGCAGGUGCACCGAUUCUCCACAGAGACACAACCCUAUCGGUGUUAUCUGAGCCAACGCUCUCAUUCUGGCUGAAAGGUUCCCGUCCCGAGAUCUACCUAGGGCUCUCAGAUCGAGCCCUUGCAGUAGCACUGCAUUCCGCAGGAAUCACGAACGCAGACUUCCUGUUGAACGACCUCCAGGACACCAGUGAGCUUAUCAGCGACCCCGGUGUGACCCCACUGAGCUUACGCUUUCCAUUCCUCCUCGUCGAGGCGAAGUCGGGUGCAACCGGCGGAAAACUCUAUCAAGCACAGAACCAGGCAGCAGUGGGUGGUGCCUCGGCAGUGAAUAUUCAAAAAGCCCUCUUUGGGGCUGCUGAUGCGCCGCCGCUCGAAACACGAGGCCCUCAGCUAGCGGGGUCUCUAACUCCGAUGUCCCUCUGUUUCUCCGUCACCACAGAAGGGCCUGUCUGUGAAAUGUGGGCUCAUUUCUGGGAUGAAACGAAGAGCAGCUAUGGUAUGGCCAACAUUGGCAUCUGGCGGACGACACAAGAGGGUAGUGCAUUUGAUCUGAUCUCGAAAAUCUCAAGCAUCUUGAACUGUGGCUCGAGAGCUUACCAAGAUGACAUAUUCAACAGCCAGAUGCUGUGACGAUUAUGAUUGCGAGCCUCGUCAAAGCAUGCUUCAUGAGUUAAAUGGGGCAUUCAACUUUGCUACCUACUCUACGGACUUUGACACUGAUAAUCGACUUCUGGAUGCAUCGUUAUGUCUCUCAUACUCAGCUUACGGUCUAGGAUUCAAGGCGAGAGCCACAAAAAUACAGCCAGGCUGUCCC